AGCGAGUCGCUGCGUUACGGCCUCAGUUCCUCGUCACCGCCGCUACAAACAACCACCAACAGUGGGAGGGGCCAGGAGGACAGACAAGCCGGAUAAGAGAGUCGAGAAGGCGGGCUUUUUCGCAACCGCCUGCCGCCUGUCGAGCUCCGCACGGAGACUCCAUCCACCUGCUCGGCUGCCCGCUGGCCGGAGGGCAGGCACUGAACUCGGCAUGGACGCGCUGAAGAACGCCGGAAGAGCCAUGAUCAAGAGCCCCGGAGUACCGCGGCAUACAUGGGGAACUUCCAAACACCAAAAGCUUCCAGAGAAUUGGACAGACACCAAGGAGACUCUUCUUGAGGGGAUGGUGUUCAACCUCAAGUACCUGGGAAUGACGCUGGUGGUCCAGCCCAAAGGGGAGGACAUGGCCUCCACUGCCAUCCGCAGGAUCGUUACCAUGGCCAGAGCGGGCCCUAAAAAGUUCCGCAAAGUAACGUUGACGGUCUCGCCGAAAGGCAUCGUCAUCACCGACACCGACACUGCGGCUCUAAUAGAGAACGUCUCCAUCUACAGAAUCUCGUACUGCACAGCAGAUAAAAGUCAGGACAAAGUGUUUGCGUAUGUCUCCCAGAGUCAGUUCAACGAAACCCUGGAGUGUCACGCCUUCCUCUGCCAAAAGAAGAAGAUUGCCCAGGCUGUGACAUUAACAGUGGCACAGGCCUUCAAAGUAGCUCUGGAUCUUUGGGAGAUGUCCCAGGAAGACAAAAGUAAGAAGGCAAGAAGCGCAUGUUGUUCCUGUGCAGCCGCCGAUCAUGUGACAACAGUCAGUCAGUGUGUUGCAGCAGACCCAAAGGCGUGCUCGUCUUUGGGCGUGGACACGAAGCUUCGCCGUCCCUUCCUGUCCACCUCCAUCAGCUCCCUGUCGCCUUGCAGCAGCCCGGCUAGAAGGCGACCGAUCAAACAUGACUCCUGGGAUGUGGAUGACGGAGCGGAUGAUGCAAUCUCAAGCAGCAUGGAAGUAGAAGACUCAUGCACUGACCCGACUUCAGACCCAUCAAUGCAGCUCUGAAGAGGUUCACAUGAGAACAUGAAAGAUGCUUCCUGCAAGAAGAGACAUAAAAGCGAACCGGAACCAAUAAGCGGUGUCAGUCUGGACCCAAAAAGAAACAGUCACACCUGCAGGGACGUCCCACAGCGUUGUUUGGACCUGUAAACUACUUUUGGCUGGACCACUUCUUAAGUGUCAUAAAUCAUCUUUCCAAGUAAAAACAAGACUUUUCAUCAACUUACUUCUGUAAUUACAACUUUUAGGCAGAAGCAAAACAAAAGUGUUAUCAUGGGAUGUCAACACUGCAGAGAAAGAACAUGGAAGUGAGACUUACUGCAAGUUGUGCUUCAGGUGGCCGCUCCAUAGUGUUGUCUUACCAUGUUCUAGUUUUGUUUCCAGGUGUCCACUUGUUGCGUCUUACCAUGUUCUAUUAUUGUUUUCGGUUGUCCGCUUGUUGUCUUACUAUGUUCUAUUUUUGUUUUCAGGUGGCCACUCCACCGUGUUGUCCUACCAUGUUUUAUUUCUGUUUUCAGGUGUCCGCUCAACAGUGUUGUGUCCUACCAUGUUCUAUUUUUGUUUUCAGUUGUCCACUCCACAGUGUUGUCCUCCCAUGUUCUAUUUUAGUUUUCAGGUGGCCGCUCCAUAGUGUUGUCCUACCAUGUUCUAUUUUAGUUUUCAGGUAGCCGCUCCAGUGUUGUGUCUACCAUGUUCUAUCUUCUGGCUGACAUAUUCUAAUGCAUUUAAGUAAGACUAUUUAUACUGUAAAUGACAGCCUAAUCCAACAUGACCACUUUCACAGCAGCGUGUUUUCUACUUGUGCAAGCAAACCUGAUCAUUUGUUGCAAAAACAAGACCACCUGUAGUUUCUACUCUGACAUGCACAAUAAAUUAAUUUGUACAACAUUUUGUCACUUUGGU